AUGUCCUGCUCCAGCCUGUGUUCCACCUCGUGUGGGGUGGUUGCCCCGGCCCCGCUGGCUGACAGCUGCAACGAGCCCUGCGUGCGGCAGUGCCCCGACUCCACGGUGGUGAUCCAGCCCCCGGCCUCGGUGGUCACCUUCCCCGGGCCCAUCCUCAGCAACUUCCCCCAGCAGAGUGUUGUUGGCUCAGCGGGAGCCCCCGUUGUUGGAGGGGGCUAUGGUGGAGCCUUUGGAGGCCGUGGGGGUUACGGCUGGGGCUAUGGAGGCUACGGGGGCCUUGGGGGCUAUGGGGGUUACAGAGGUUAUAGGGGCUAUGGGGGUUAUGGUCUUUAUGGGGGCUAUGGAGGCUAUGGAGCCUGUGGGGGUUAUGGGGGCUUUGGUGGCUAUGGGGGCUAUGGAGCCUGUGGGGGCUACGGGGGCUAUGGAGCCUUUGGAGGUUGUGGCUGGGGAGGAAACCACAGGUACCUCAACGGCAACUGUUGGCCCUGCUGA